AUGUCGGACAAGAUCAAGUCGAAAGACUUGAGCUACGACUCUGCUCUACCGCCAUUUUUGCAGCGUCUGCAUGAUCAGAAUGCUGGUCGUGGCGACACGGACCGCCAUGAGAGAGCCAUUGCGAGACCUAAGCGGGCGAAGGACCCCAACGAGGACGAUGGACCUACAGUAGUGGACGACAGCGGCGAGACCUUAUCGAAAGCCGAAGUCGAGAAACUGACUGCGGACACCGCUCCAAAGGAUGAUGCACCUGGGGUCAGUGGCGACAUCGAUCCUGAUGCGGAACCGAAAGUAUCCGGUGCAUUGCCAGCCGAGGAGCAGUCAGUGUCAACCAAAGCAUCAGGCGCUCAUCGAACGGACCAGAAGGUAACUGACGGCACUGCCCAGAAGAAGCGCAAGUUAGGAAAGGCCAUCGGUGAUGACGAAAACGCCGCCACAGAGGACUCAAAAGACCAGGAGUCGUCCACCAAGGUCUUUAGGAAGGUCAAGAAGAAGGCAAAGCCUGUGAAGCUGACCUUUGAUGAUGAUGAGGAGACCUGA